GCUGAGGAGAACCGGUGCGCGCCUGCGCAGGAGGCAGCGGCGCUGGGCAGUGAAGUUGGUCAAAGCGCCGGGGAUAAGAUGCAUAAGCUUAAAUCGUCUCAGAAGGACAAGGUCCGCCAGUUUAUGGCAUUUACCCAGGCUGGUGAAAGGACUGCUAUAUAUUGCUUAAUGCAGAAUGAGUGGAAACUAGAAGUGGCAACAGACAACUACUUCCAGAACCCAGACUUGUACUACAAAGAAUCCAUGAAAAAUUCAGUAGACAGAAAGAAAUUAGAACAAUUGUAUAACAGGUACAAAGACCCACAGGAUGAAAAUAAAAUUGGUAUUGAUGGAAUCCAGCAGUUUUGUGAUGAUUUAAGCCUGGACCCUGCCAGUAUCAGCGUCUUGGUCAUAGCAUGGAAGUUCAGGGCAGCCACUCAAUGUGAAUUCAGUAAAAAGGAAUUUGUAGAUGGCAUGACAGAGUUGGGGUGUGACACCACAGACAAGCUGAAAGCUCUACUGCCAAGAUUGGAACAGGAGCUAAAGGAUCCAAUAAAGUUCAAAGAUUUUUAUCAGUUUACCUUUACCUUUGCUAAAAACCCUGGACAAAAAGGUUUAGAUUUAGAAAUGGCAAUUGCAUAUUGGAAUUUAGUCUUAUCAGGAAGGUUUAAAUUUUUAGAUCUUUGGAAUAAAUUUUUGUUGAUUGUGACCAGGUUUUCUCCGUGGCAUCCGCUCAUUCCUCAACUGGGCAGGUCUCAUCUGGUAGGUCACUGUUUCUUGCAAGGUCAUGGUACUUAGGCCCUCUGCCCAAAGCACACUUCAGUCCUAUACAGAAUGGAAAACCACAGUUCCAAACAGGGUUGUCUGACGAAUCUUUGAUGGGACCCUGCCCUUCUAUCCUGGAUUUAACUUCAAAUAGUCUCGCUUCAGCUGAUCCCCCAAGGUCUAGUCAUCCCUUCUAGCAGGUCUUGUCCAGAUGGCAAGCUAGCUCAGGCUUCUCUUACAUCAGAAGUAGAACACUGCUCUCCUUCCUGAGCAGCCCUGAACUGAGCUAGGUCUCUCCUCUCCCCUGCAGGUGUAGCGGGGCCAGGCCAAUUAGGUCCACAGGCUCGCCAGUGUGGGGCCUUAUCUGCACAUAGAUAGUUUAUUGAAUUAUUUUCAGUUUCCCCAGAAGUAAUGUAGCAGGAGGAUGUUCUCGGUAAUGAUGCAAGUAAUUAUUUUGUCAUAGCAAAUACAAGUUUUAAUCAAAUAAUCUGUUAGUUUAUGAACCAAAAGAGUUAGUGUCCUUGUUAAUCAACUGUAUGCUUAAAUCAGAAGUCCCAAAGUGUGGGGCCUGCCCACCUAGGGGGCACGGCGGGUCUUUCG